UCGCCUACCAACUCCACCGGGCUCCUCUUACUCAUCAGUAGUAGAUUAGGCGAACGCUGUGUUGGUGAUGCCCGUCCCAAUGCCUGCGUAGAGGUUCAAAACACUUGUACAAUCUUCGAAAAAGCGCCCUUUUUGAUCUUUCCCUACGCCCUAGACACGGGACGAUGACCAACCUUGUGAAUUUUGUGCUCUGUGCUGUGCUUAUCUCACUCAAUAUCGGAUACAUACAAGGUGUAGUGGAGAGCUUCUCACCAUCACACGUUCACCCGUCUCCUCAAUUCUCAAAGCAUUCCGUUGUAAGGCCCAAGGUUUUUCAUGGCAGAGAUAAACGCCCCCUUACAACCACAAAGGCACAUAAGGAAAAAUUGGAACAUGUACACGACCUAACCAUGUCCGUACUAUUAGAUGGCCAAGAGCAAAUUCUAGACUUACAAUUGAACAGAAAUCUCAUACCAAAGGAUCAUUUCAUUUCAACACAAAAGAACGGUUCGAAAAUUGUUCACCGUCCGCUUCCGCACGAGGUUGAACUUUGCCACUAUCAUGGAAAAGUUCGAGGUAUGCCCUCCUCCUGGGCGGCCGUUUCUACUUGCAACGGGAUAAGGGGGAUGAUUCACGAUGGCAAGAAUGUGAGGUAUAUUGAAAAAUCGCCCAGCAACGAUGGAGAUAUAAUAGGGGAACAUUUAAUAUACGAUCACGCGGAUUUAACCACAAACCAUACCUGUGGAUAUGAAGGGACCCCGUAUGACAUUUUAGACUUCUAUGAACGAUCUCAUCAUGCAAACCGAGCAAAGAGAAGUCUUCAAUCAAUCCGAGGGCCAUACAACGCAAAUAAAAGGUCUAGAUAUGUUGAACUGGUUUUAGUUGUAGACAAUAAACUUUAUGAAGCGAUGAACAAAAAUCUAGAUACUGUCCAUGCACAUACAAAGGAUCUAGGAAAUAUCAUAAAUUCAUUGUACAUGCCUCUGAAUAUAUUCAUUGCUCUUGUCGGUGUCGUGGUCUGGACUGAAUUGGAUGAGAUUGAACUUUCAACCAAAGGGGACACGACAUUGACCAACUUUCUUCAUUACAGGAGAGGGAGGCUUGUCAAAGACCAUCCGAAUGAUAACGCCCAACUUUUGACGAGGGUCCAAUUUGAAGGAGGCGUCGUCGGCAAAGCGUUGAAAGGCCCGAUGUGCACGUUUGAAUUCAGCGGCGGUGUCUCUAUGGACCACAGCCCAGUCGUCGGCCUUGUGGCCACUACGGUCGCUCAUGAAAUGGGGCACAACUUUGGCAUGGAGCAUGACACAAAAGCUUGCGACUGUCCAGACGAUAGGUGUAUAAUGGCUGCCUCUUCAAGUACUGAAUGCCCUACACAUUGGAGCUCAUGUAGCUUACGUUAUCUAGCUGAAGCUUUCGAGCAUGGGAUGGAUUAUUGCCUUAGAAAUAGGCCAGAAAGCCUAUUUGACAGUCCGGUUUGUGGUAAUGGUUUUGUUGAACCUGGAGAACAGUGUGAUUGUGGUCUGAAGGAUCGAUGUACUAACCCUUGUUGCAAUGCUUCGACUUGCAUGCUCCAUUCAAACGCUUCAUGUGCAACUGGAGAAUGCUGCGAUCUUUCAACCUGCCAUCCUAAGACAGCAGGUCACAUGUGCCGGUCUGCCGAUCAUGAGUGUGACCUGCCGGAAUACUGCACAGGAGAGUCGGAAUAUUGUCCAAACGAUGUUUACAAAAUGGAUGGAGAGAGUUGUUCAAGAAGAGAAGCGUUUUGUUACAAAGGGGAGUGUCGGAGUCAUAAUGAUCAGUGCAAGCUUUUGUGGGGCCCGAGUGGAAAGUCUUCCAACUUUAGCUGCUACCAAUUUAACACUAAAGGGUCUCGCCAUGGAAAUUGUGGAUAUAAUAGAUUAAAUCAGUCUUAUAUUAAAUGUUAUGAUGAACAUAUAUUUUGUGGUAUGCUCCACUGCAUGCAUCUCAAUGAGAGAUUGGAAUUUGGAAUGGAGUCAGUCUCAAUAUUAAGCCAUUCAUUUAUCAAUGCUGGGAAAAACGUCAUACCGUGUAGGACAGCUAUCGUCGAUUUGGGUAUAAACGAAGUAGAUCCAGGUUUAGCGCCCGAUGGUGCAAAAUGUGCAGAGGGAAAGAUGUGUGUGGGUCAAAAAUGUCUUGCUGUCGAAUCCCUUACUGCUGGAACGGCAUGUAAAAACAACUGCAACGGAAACGGCGUUUGCAACAGUCUUGGUCAUUGCCAUUGCAACCCAGGAUACGCGCCGCCGUUCUGCCAGGAUCCUGGAACCGGCGGUUCGGAAGACAGUGGCCCAGCUACCCAACCCAAUGCCCGACGUGAAGUCAUAAACGCUUUCUACAUCAUUUUCCUCGGAAUUGUUCCUGGAAUCGCAUUAGCGUCGCUGUUCAUCUACUACAUCAAGAGGAGCAAAGUCUUCGGGAAGAGGCCACGUCAGACAAUAUUUGAAAAGAAACAUAAUCACCUUGGAAAUGCUGGAGGUAGACAUCAACCAAUGGAGAUUUCAGGGCCCAUGAACGUCGACCACUCAAGAGCCACGCUUCUUCCUAAGCAAGAUUCAAGUGAGAUCCGAAACGAACUCCUCGGCCAGUUUAAAGGUUUUAGCAUUACACCGAUUCAGGCCAAGCCUGUUCCUAUCCGCCCUGCUCCAUCGGCUCCGAUUGUACAGACGAAUGAUGAACGGCCUAUUAUUUCAAGGCCUGUUCUUGAAGGCACCACUUCUUACACCGCCCAGGAGCUGAUGGACAAAAGGCCGAGGAUGGCAUCGCCUAUCAGGCCGGCACCAAAAGUCCCAAUGCAGCAACACCGUGUCGAAGAAAAGAAAAAAGAUCACCCGACACUAACGAGAAUAGCUUCUUUCAUGAGAGGGCAAAAAUUAGAUAAAAAUCAAAGGCCAAGGUUGGAUAAAGAGACAUUGAGGAAUCUCGAAAUUUCAGAUCCAAUCCCACAAACUGAAAUUGAAGUUCCCAAAGGGACAGUUUCAGUUGAAAUAUCAAGAGCGCAGAGCAUGAGAGAACAGCCUAUAAAGCGACCACAACUACCAACUUUCGGUUCAAUGCGAGUUCAAAAUAAAAGACCUAAUAGUAUUCCAACUGCAUUAAGACCGAAAUCACCACCUCCCAUGCCUCCAAAUUCUACAAAAAAUGUUCAAACGUCGUAUGAUGAUUGCCUUAAUGUCAACGUCAAGGGUGCUCCUCUUGCAAAGAUAGAAGAUGACAGUCCAAAAGAAAAUAUCUAUGCUGUUAUAGAGGAAAGUCCUGUCGAACAAAGAGCAAAUCCGAAACCUUUAGAACCUGCAGAUGAGCUUUUGAACGAGAUAGUGUCAGAAAUCGAAGCCAGGAACACCGAGUCCAUUUAUUCAGCUUCCACUCUUAAGAAGAAAAAGAAAAGCACUGAUGAAGAAUCGUCAGAUUAUAUGAACACAUCAUGGAGUGAUAUUUCUCCUAAUCAACAAAAAUCUAGCUCUUCUGCAAGUUCUAGUUCAUCUAAUUCAGGUUACAUGAGUCCAAUCAGUACUCAGUCCAAACCGAUAGAAACCGAAGUCAAGCCAAUCAGGGUACCUGACACUUCUGCUCCAUAUAAACCUUAUAAUAGCGCCCUUCACCGUGGUCCAUUGGCAAAUGCUUACAGAGCACAGGAAAAACCACCGCUGAAGAGGACGAAAACCCCACCGAGUCUGGAAGUGCACAAAAAGCCUUUAAGCAUUGCUCAGUCAAAAGAUAAAAAGCAACCGACUAAAUUGGUAAAACCGGACAUCGUUUCAUCGUGUGAAGGGUUGAAAUCACCAGACGUGAUUUCAAGCAAAGAAGAUAAAGAAGAACCCAAAAAAGUCCUUAAUGGGCGACUGCCCCAGGGCAACAGGCCGGCCGUCGUGCCUAAACCCAAAGCGGUACCCAUCAUGAGGACCAACUCUAAAGUAGCAUCACUACAAAAAAAGUUUGAAAACCAAGCUAAUAGAUGAAUACGAUGAGACCAUAUUUUAAAUGUGAAAAACAUUUUUAAAUGUAUUCCCUUUUAGUUUUCUAUGAAAUCUAACAGGAUGAGCAAAGUCUGUUGGCCGAGGAUUCGGUUGUGUGAUAAAGAUAGUCUUUUCUCUUUUCUACCAGAAAAUUUUAUUUGAUUCCUCAACUAUUUGUUCCUAAUUUAAUAUCAAAUUGAUUUUCACCAAUCAAGAGACAGACAAGACAGAAAAGAUGUAGUUCUUCAAUGUAAAUAUUCACUGUUUAAUGUAUGUAUAUAAUAACGUGGAUGUCCUAAUUAUUUCCAUUUCCUUACGUUGGUUUUUUUGUUGUUGUACUUCUCCCAAUAUUUAAUGUCUGUGUCAGCUUAGAUGUUACUACGCAAAUUGCAUGCUAAUUGAAUACUAAAUUGUAUUAUCCUGGUCGCUGUUAUAACAAUUUCUCUUCAAAUGUUUUUGGUGCUACAUUUGUACAUUCUUAUUUACAACAAAAAGAAAAAAAAUUAUUAUCUGUUAUUAUCUGAAAAGGACACUUUUGUGUAUUUUAAUUGUUGUUGAUUAUAUUUAUAACAAUGCCAAUGCUUGUAAAUAAGUUUAAAAUGUUCAUUUGCUCUCUUUUUAAAUUUAAAAAAAAAUUGGUUAACACCAGUCUUUUUAAUACUUGUAAGAUAAUUCUUUUUUAAAUACAUAUGUAUAUUUAUUUAUUCAACUUAAAAGUGUGCAUUAAGCAACUUUAAUUUGUAUAUUUUUACUAUAAUGUUAAAACAAAACAAUUUUAUACUUAAUAUAACAUACAUAUAUAAAUUGUAACUGUGGCUCUUAAGUCUUAAGUGAUGUAUCAUUAAGCUAUUCGAUACCAAAGAUAUUUUAUGUGCAAGAGGUAAUAAAAAAUGUAAACCGUGCUUGUUGGAAUACGAGAGCGGGGUGCUUUUUUUUCAUUCCCUCCGAUUUGAUGUUUAUAAAAGAAAAUAUAUCGCUAUAUGUAUGAAAA